CCCCCACCAGGCAGAGGGGGCGGAUGACGGAGGCAGGAUGGUUUAUAGGGAGCUGGAGCUCGGGAAGCUGCAUCCCAGCUCCGGAGAUUGCUUAAUUCCAGCUGCAGGACACACCAAGUCCAGUGACCAUGCGGCCUGCAGUGUCCAUUUCUCUGAUCCUCGUGGCUCUGACGGUCCUGGCAGACUCCGCUCAGGCUCAACCGACAGAGCUAACCCUGUCCGAAAAGUUUGAGAACUUCCAGAACAGGCUGCAGGCCUUUGCUGACAGCAUUGCAGAUAGAACCAAAGCUGCCUUCCAAGAACUGCAUCACAGCGAGCUGAGCGAAAAGACCCGGAACUGGUUCUCUGAGCAAUUCCAGAAGAUGAAGGAGAAGUUCAAUGAGAAGUUUUCCAGGGACAGAUCUGACUGAGAAGGGAUUUUUUCUGCAGAGCUCACAGGCAAUUCCUGGGGUACUGGUCCCCUUGAAGAGAUCAUGCUGGGAGGGGAACCCAGGGUUGGCACCCACGUUCCUGUUUUUUAUUGCUUUUUUUGUAGCCAUGAAUAAAUGCUCAUUGCCUUAGUGCUGGAUUUGUA